CAAGUGUAGUGUGGCGUUUGCUGGAGAAGUCUUUCCUUCUUCAAUCCCUAAUCCAAUCUCCUCCUUCCCCUCGUCUCAGAUACUCAUACCAGCGUGCUAGUAACCCCUCUGCUUCUUCCACUUUAAAAUUCAACUACUCCUUCCCUUCAAUUCAAUUGAAAUAUCUAACCCACUCACGUUAGAGAAAAAGCAAUUCUUCAAUCUUUCGUUUCCAUCGAAACCCUUUGCUUUCAUCGACUCAAACAUAGCACAGUAACGAUCUUUCUUUCAUUUUCUGCAUUCUGUUAUUCAAACUAAGUAGUUAAUCUAAACUUGUUGCUCUUUGUGUUUGUGAUCAUUGAGAUUUCUUUGAGAAUUAAAUUCUUCUUAGCUGAACUUGCUGUAGUUAAUCUAAACUUGUUACGCACACACACAUAGUCCAUAUUUCAGCUUCUAAACCCCCAAAUUCAGAAUAGAAGCCCUAAUUUCACCCAUCUCCAUCCAAUAGCUGCUGCCCCAUCCACCUCCGACCCAUUCCCGGUUACCUGAGGCCCCGCGACCACUCCGGUCUCCGGCCACCGCGUCUCUGCUCCAUCCAAUCUCUUAGUUUUUAGAUACUUGGUUGCUUCUGAGGCUUUGGUUCAAUGGCAAAGAACCAACAUGUUUUUGUCAAAGAUGCUGUUUUCAAAUUGCAAAUGUCCCUCCUUGAAGGCAUCCGAAGCGAAGACCAGCUGUUUGCAGCUGGGUCUUUGAUAUCGAGGAGUGACUAUGAAGAUGUUGUGACUGAGAGGUCCAUUACAAAUGUAUGCGGUUAUCCACUCUGCCGCAAUGGUUUACCCUCUGAUCGCCCCCGGAAGGGUAGAUAUCGGAUUUCGCUGAAGGAGCACAAAGUUUAUGAUCAGCACGAGACGUACAUGUUUUGUUCUUCCACUUGUGUUGUUAACAGCAAAGCUUUUGCUGGGACCUUGCAAGGUGAGAGGUGCCCGACUGUGGACCCAGAGAAACUCAACGAUGUUCUCAGGUUGUUUGAGAAUUUGAAUGCAGAACCUGUGGAGGAUUUGGGGAAGGGUGGAGAUUUAGGUUUGUCUGGCUUGAGAAUCCAGGAGAAAACUGAGUCCAGCACAGGGGAGGUGUCCUUGGAGCAGUGGCUUGGACCUUCAAAUGCAAUUGAGGGUUAUGUACCAAAGCAAAGAAAGAGUGAUUCUAAGAGUUCUCAGAAAAAUAUUAAAAAAGGGUCCAAAGCUAGUCGUGGCAGGUUGAAUGAUGACAAAAAAUUAAUUUACAGUGAGAUGGACUUCAUGAGUACUAUAAUUACGCAAGAUGAGUAUAGUGUUUCUAAAGUAUCAUCAGGUCAAACAGACACAACUGCUGAUCAUCAAAUUAAGCCAGUGGCCAAAGUGGAGGUGCCAAAAAAGGCUGAUAAAGUGGCUAGUAAAGAUGAUGAUAGUGUACAAGAUCUGUCUUCAUCUUUCAAGAGUAGUCUAAAUUUAAGUACCUCAGAAAAAGAGAAGGAAAUAGAUAAAUCAGAUGAACCUGUUAUCAAAUCCUCUCUGAAUCCUUCUGUUGAAAAGAUAGCUGUUCAUUCUUCCACCAUGUCAGAAAUACUUGAUGUAGAACAGAAUAUUUCUGAAAGGAAAUCAAUACAACUCCAAGGGGAAACAAGUAGAGUUGCUGCUAAUCAGAAUGCCUUCACCUCCAGUUUAGAUCCUGUCAAUGUUGAAGGGGAAUUUCAAAUAGAAAAAGAAACUGGAUCAUACAAGACUAGACCCAAAUCUUCUCUUAAGUCCACUGGUAAAAAUAAACUUAGUCGCUCUGUUACUUGGGCUGAUGAGAAAACCAACAGCUCUGGGAGUAAAGAUCUUUGUUCAGUUAGAGAAUUUGGGGAUGGAGAUAUUAAAAAAGAAUCUGAUUUAGAGGGUAAUAUAGAUGUUACUGAUGAUGAUGAAGAUAUAGUACGUCGUGCAUCAGCAGAAGCAUGUGCAAUUGCAUUGAGCCAAGCAUCAGAAGCAGUUGCAUCUGGAGACUCAGAUAUCACUGAUGCUGUUUCUGAAGCUGGAAUCAUUAUAUUGCCAUCUUCCCAUGAUGUUGUUGAGGAAGGUACUAUGGAGGAUGUUGAUAUUCCAGAAACAGAUGCAGUUACUCUGAAAUGGCCUAGAAAGCCUGGAAUUUCUGAUUUUGACUUGUUUGACUCUGAAGACUCAUGGUAUGACCCUCCACCAGAGGGUUUCAGUUUGACUUUGUCACCUUUUGCAUCUAUGUGGAAUGCCCUCUUUUCGUGGACAACAUCAUCUUCUUUGGCAUAUAUAUAUGGGAGGGAUGUAAGUUUUCAUGAAGACUUUCUAUCAGUUAACGGGAGAGAAUAUCCUUGCAAAAUUAUCUUGACAGAUGGUCGGUCAUCUGAAAUAAAGCAAGCUUUAGCCAGUUGUCUUGCUCGAGCUUUACCUGCAGUUGUCGCUGAGCUCAGGCUGCCAAUUCCAGUAUCUACCUUAGAGCAAGGGGUGGUAUGCUUGCUGGAUACAAUGUCAUUUGUGGAUGCACUUCCAGCAUUCAGAAUGAAACAAUGGCAAGUUGUUGUUCUUUUGUUCAUUGAUGCAUUGUCCGUUUGUAGAAUACCUGCUCUUAUCUCAUACAUGAUGGAUCGGAGGGACUUGUUUCACAAGGUUCUGAAUGGUUCCCAAUUAGGUAUGGAAGAGUAUGAGGUUUUGAAGGAUCUCAUUAUUCCACUUGGCAAAGCACCUCAUUUCUCUUCUCAAAGGGGAGCGUGACAACACAAAAUUUCAAUCUUAAUGGCCAAACACCGGGACUUCAUGAAACACCUAUGUUUCUUUAAUGAUUGAGUGCAAUAUUUUUUUUCCUUUGGAAAAAUUACCUUUCCAGCAUUGAAGUGCUAGGACAUGCUUUAAUGCUAAGAUAGUGGGAGUGAUGAAUGCAAAAUUGGUAUUCAAAUUGACAAUAUUCUGAAGUUGUGUUCGAAUUAAAUGACAGUUUAUCGAAUGUUGUGAGGCUCA